AUGUCCGCCAAAGCGAACGGCAAAAGCGACCACAAUGACGGCAGCAGCGCCCGAGCCUUCACUCCCGACCAAAAAGCCGCGGUGAUUCGGGUGAGGAAAUGCGGUCCAACAGCCUACUACGAUAUCCUUGGUCUUGAGAGCGUCCGAAAAGAAUGCAGCGACAGCGAAAUCAAGAAGGCAUACAGGAAAUUGUCAUUACUCACACAUCCGGAUAAGAAUGGUUACACGGGUGCGGAUGAGGCGUUCAAGAUGGUGAGCAGAGCAUUUCAGGUGCUAAGCGAUAGCGAUAAGAAAUCAAAGUUCGAUCGGUUUGGGGGAGAUCCGGAGAGUAGAUUCGGAGGAGGUGGGCAGGCCAGCGGAGCCAGUCCAUUUAGUGGGUUCGCAUCUCAAAGGGCUGGUGGCGGAGGGAGAGGAGGUCCGAUGUUCGAGGAGGAGAUAAGUCCGGAGGAACUGUUCAGGCAGUUCUUUGGUGGUGGGAUGGGAGGCGGGUUUGGUGGGGGAGGGCCGUUUGGCGGCGGCGGUGGUGGUAUGUUCGGCGCCCCUGGCUUUGCUUUCAACGUCGGCGGAGGAGGGCCAGGCGUCCGGAUACAUCAGUUUGGUGGCAACCAGCCGCGACGACGACCGCAUAAUCAUGAGAAUGCUCAACCGCAAUCGCUUGGCUCGGCAUUGACAUCAUUAUUGCCCAUCAUUCUGCUCUUCCUGAUUCCACUGCUAUCAAGCCUCUUCUCCGGAAGUACACCCUCGGGCCCAAGUAUGCGUUUCGAUGCCGCGGUACCACCACAUACCCUCUCACAUACCUCGAAUCGGUUGAGUGUGCCUUACUGGGUAAAUCCUUCAGAAGUAUCAGACUUCACAGCCCGGAAAUGGAAAGAUCUCGACAAGGUCGCAGAGAACAAAUACGUUAAUCAGCUUUCAGCUGAGUGUGAAUGGGAGCAAGCACAACGACAACGAUUAGCACAAGAAGCCCAAGGUUUCUUCUUCACCGAUCAGACGAAAUUAGAGAGGGCGCGUAGGAUGGAGAUGCCGAGUUGUCGGAAGCUUGAAGGGUAUGGAUAUCGGGUUGGGUAUUGA